AUGGUUCAAGACCAUCCUGCUCGGAUACUAGCUGAUACCGGUGCUGGUUUGUCCAUAGUCUCAGAUUCUUUCAUUAGUAAGUACCAAAUACCCACAAAACCCAUAAAAACAAGAUCGAUCCAUGGUGUCACCGGGCACCAACUCUCCAUCAAUAGUUCUGCGAGCAUACAGGUAUCUAUUGGUACACACAAUCUGGGUGUGGUCGAAGCUUCAGUGGCCGACACUGCAGACUAUGACCUCAUCCUGGGGUUCACUGAGCUACGGAGGCUCAAACCCACCAUACAAUGGGAUACGGGCCAGCUGGAGUUCAAGACUCAGGAGCAGGACCGACCCCCUAGGAGACCCCCUAGGAGACCCCCUGAAGCAGCAAGAGCAGGGGACCUAACCAUGAGGAGACCAACCCUCCAUGGUAACGAGUUUGUCUCAGCAGAGCGCAUACUACGAGCAGCUCUGGAAGAUGGACCCAUAGGGUUCAUGCUGUUAGAGGAGCCACCAUCAUCACUCCCAGCCUUUGGUUUUGUACCUACAGGCGCAGACAAAGGAGUCGAGAUGGAGGUGGAGGUAGAUAAGGUGGUGACGGCUGCAGACAUACCAAAGCCAUACCAACACCUGCGAGAUGUGUUUGAUGAGGUGGAAGCAGACAAGCUGCCCCAUCAUACCGAGCAUGAUCUCCACCUCGAGUUGAUAGAAGGAGGUAAGCCACCUCAAGGGCCCCUAUACCUUAAGGGACCCAAGGAGAUGUCCGAGUUAAGGAGAUACUUGGAUGAGAACCUCGAGAAGGGGUUCAUAAGACCAUCGAAGAGCCCGGCACGAUCACCAGUGCUCUUCGUACCAAAGAAGGAUGGAGGUCUCAGACUCUGUGUGGACUACAGAGGUCUCAACGAGAUCACUGUCAAGAACAGGGCACCAUUGCCCCUCAUCGAGGAGCAGCUGUUCUUACUCAGGAAGGCAAGGAUCUAUACCAAGCUAGACCUUAGAGCAGCAUACAACCUCAUCCGGAUUGCUAAAGGAGAUGAAUGGAAGACAGCUUUUGGCACUCAGUUGGGACUCUAUGAGUACCUAGUGAUGCCCUUUGGCCUAGCCAAUGCUCCGGCUCACUUCCAGUCAUUCAUCAAUGACAUCUUCCGAGACAUCAUUGGAGUAUAUGUAGUGGUAUACUUAGAUGACUUCCUGAUCUUCAGUGACACUGAAGAGGUACAUGUGAAGCAUGUCACCGAGGUCCUCACUCGCUUAAGGAGCAACAGGCUCUUUGCUAAGCUGUCGAAGUGUGAGUUCCACACCAAGACAGUCGAGUUCCUGGGGUACAUCAUCAAGCCAACGGGCAUAGAGAUGGACCCAGAAAAGGUGCGCACUGUCAAGGAGUGGCCAAUGCCAGAGUCAAUCCAUGACAUCCAGAGGUUCCUGGGUUUUGCCAACUUCUAUCGAAGGUUCAUAGCCCACUUUGCUCGCAUAGCCAAGCCCUUGACAGCACUGGUAAAGCCUAUAGAACGGUUCAAGAAGCUCGAGCUACCAGAGGAGGCCCAACAGGCCUUCCACAAGCUCAUCCAGGCCUUCACAUCAGCAGGAGUGCUUCAGCACUUCGACUACCACCUUCCAACAAGGUUGGAGACUGAUGCAAGUGACUUUGCUAUAGCAGGAGUGCUCAAGCAGGAGCAUGAAGGACGAUGGCAUCCAGUGGCCUUCUACUCUAGGAAGAUGUCUUCUGCCGAGAAGAACUAUGAGAUCCAUGAUAAGGAGCUCCUAGCUGUGGUCGCCUGCCUCACUCAGUGGCGACACAUGCUAGCUGGACUACCGAACCAACUGGUCAUCCUCACUGACCAUGAAGCCCUCAAGUACUUCAAGUCACAGAGACGCAUCACAGGACGACAAGCUCGAUGGGCAAUACUACUAGCAGACUUCGACUUCAUAUUGCAGUAUCGACCAGGAGACAAAGGGGGUGAGCCCGAUGCUCUCACCAGAAGGACAGACAUGCAACCAGCCGGUGAAGAGCAGGAUCACAAUGUAAGGCAACUACUGCCUCCUCGAGUGUUCAAGGAGACAGCAGACCAUGACUCGCUCCUAGUGGCCCCCAUGAUCUCGAUGGAGUCCAUAGCAUCAAAAGGUCUCAAAGACCUGGUCAAGAUCUUCCAGCCUUUAGACCAAGAGCUACAGGAGAUACAUAGGAAGAAGCCUUUCGAACUCAAGGAUGACCUAUGGUACAGUGGAGGAAGGUUGGUUAUCCCCAAGGUGAUCAUGCCAGGGAGGACCAACAACCGACACUCAAGGAGUGCCAAAGAGGUAGAUGGACAGUCUCUCUCUGUAGAGCAUCUGCGAUUCAUGGUGAUGACCCAAUGUCAUGAUGGUAUCACUGCUGGACACGUAGGAAGAGAUGCUACCAUCAAGGCAGCUCAACGACAUUACUGGUGGCCAAACAUGACAGCUUGGAUUGCAGACUAUGUAGCAAGUUGUCCUGUAUGUGCUAGGUACAAAGCUCCUCGUCAUCGUCCAUAUGGUUUGCUACAGCCACUAGCAACCCCAGACAGGCCCUGGGGCUCCAUAUCCCUCGACUUCAUUGAAGGACUACCACCAUCAAAGAAGUAUGACUCCAAGACCUAUGACUCUAUCCUAGUCAUCGUCGACAGGUUAACCAAGUUUGCCAUACUAGCUCCAACCCAUAAGACAGUCACGGCCAAACAGACUGCAGUAUUGCUAUAUGGACACAUGGUUAGACUCUUUGGAUAUCCAGAUCACAUGGUCUCGGACCGAGGCAGGCAGUUCAUAUCAGGAGCAUGGAAGGCAUUUGCAGAGCAAAUGGGUGUGAAGCACUCACUUAGCACGGCCUACCAUCCUCAAACUGAUGGUCAGACAGAGAGAGUCAAUCAGGUCAUAGAGCAAUACCUCAGGAUGUACUGCAACUAUGAGCAGAAUGACUGGGCCAACCUGCUGGACACUGCGGCCUUUGUAUACAACAACACGGUCCACAACAGCAUUGGUGUCUCACCAUUCUUUGCAUGCUAUGGAUGGAACCCCAAAGCUCAUCCUGACAUCCCUCAACGACUAGGAGUCAAUGAUCCAGGUCGCUUCGAGUACCUCAUGGAUGGAAAGGAGCGUUGCAAGUACCUCCAGGAGCAGAUCAGAGAGGCACAACGUAGAUCAGUAGACCAGUAUAACAGGAAGCACAAGGACAUCGAGUUUAAGGUGGGUGAUAUGGUCUAUAUCAACCGACGAAACUGGAAGACAAGGAGACCCACACCCAAGUUAGACACCCGGUUUGCAGGACCCUACCCAGUUCAGGAACGGGUAGGACGCCGAGCUUAUCGAAUCACAUUGCCAGCAAACCUUAGAGUGCAUGAUGUGUUCCAUGUCUCCAUGCUCGAGCCAGCAAGAACAAGCUCUCUUCCUCAACGUGCGGAACAGCCCACCAUACCAUCACUUCCAGAUGAGGACCUCGAUUUCGAAGUCGAAGCACUCAUCGACAAGCGUUCACACAAUGGGACUACGGAGUACAAGGUGUUGUGGAGAGGGUACUCAGAGGAAGCUGCUUCAUGGGAACCAGUAGAGAACCUCAACUGUCCCGACCUCAUCCAGGAGUAUGAGGUGUCGGAGGGGGGACGAUGUCAUGGGCCUGGAUGCUCAAGAAGCAGGAGGGUCAUGGGUUCAUAUGGAAGGAGCACAGGUAUCGAAGACCUAGUCGACACCAGUAGAGAGCAUGGUCGUAGUGCAGUCUCCAUGGAGACCAUGGACUCCUAUGGACUCACAUGCAAAGGAGGGCCAAGCACAGCCACGAGGAGGACCAAGCUCAAGGAGCAGGCACAGCCACGAGGAGGACCAAGCUCAAGGAGCAUGCAGAUGGUUACCAUUCAGGGGCUCGAGAGACAGGAAGUCGACACAGGUCAUGAGGAGGAGGAGCAGUGUCGAAGGAGUCGACACCACUCAAGAGGAACAGGGGUGCCAAGCAGGAGAGGCCCCUGA